AAAAUAAUAAAAUAAAAUUCACAUAUUAGUUUAAAAUAAAAAGACCCAGAACGUUCUGGUUCGUUCAAGAAUGUUGGUUCUGUUUGUUGUUCUGUAGAGAACACUGUCACCUUAACAACCUGGAAAAUCAGGUCACAUGUCUUCGACGUCAGCAGACGUACGUACGUUACGUAAGGGGGCGUGGUCUUUUCACUACUGGAAGUGGUUGUUGGUUGGUGUGAGACAGAGUAGGGUGGGUCUUAUAUUAACAGACAUGUCUCCUCCUGUCUCACUUCGUGGUGUCCACAGAACAGAACCCGGUCCAGAACUGUACGGUCGCUCUCUAACUUUCAGUCUGUCGGCUUCCUCACUUUAUUUUUAUGAGUCACUUCAGAAACUUCGUGUUUAGCUUCUGGUUUCUCUUCUGGACUUGGACUGUGUGUUUGACUGAGGGAGUGUGGACGUCCGAUGGAGGUCAGCCUCGUGUGGUCGGGUCUCUUCAGCCAAUCGUCGCCGUUCUGGGCGAUGACGUCAUCUUGCCGUGCUGCCUGCAGCCUUCGUUAAACGUGGAGCGGCUGACGGUGGAGUGGUCGAAGCCCGACCUGAAGCCCGACCCCUCAGAUCGGCUCAGUCGGGUCGACUAUGUGCACCUUUACAGGGACCGUCGGGAAGACAUGGACAUGAAGCUCCAGUCGUACGUCGGGAGGACGGAGCUCUCCAAGGACGGCCUGAAGAGCGGAGACAUCUCGCUCAAGAUCCUGAACGUGACGCUGGAGGACGGAGGGAGAUACAGAUGUUUCAUCCCGAAGUUAAAGGGCUCAGUGAAGGAAUCAGUUGUUACACUUGUUGUAGGUCAGCCUCGUGUGGUCGGGUCUCUUCAGCCAAUCGUCACCGUUCUGGGCGAUGACGUCAUCCUGCCGUGCCGCCUGCAGCCUUCGUUAAACGUGGAGCGGCUGACGGUGGAGUGGUCGAGGCCCGACCUGAAGCCCGACCCCUCAGAUCGGCUCGGUCGGGUCAACUAUGUGCACCUUCACAGAGGCGGCCACGACAACCUUGACAUGAAGCUCCGGUCGUACGUCGGGAGGACGGAGCUCUCCAAGGACGGCCUGAAGAGCGGAGACAUCUCGCUCAAGAUCCUGAACGUGACGCUGGAGGACGGAGGGAGAUACAGAUGUUUCAUCCCGAAGCUAAAGGGCCCAGUGAAGGAAUCAGUUGUUACACUUGUUGUAGGUCAGCCUCGUGUGGUCGGGUCUCUUCAGCCAAUCGUCACCGUUCUGGGCGAUGAUGUCAUCCUGCCGUGCCGCCUGCAGCCUUCGUUAAACGUGGAGCUGCUGACGGUGGAGUGGUCGAGGCCCGACCUGAAGCCCGACCCCUCAGAUCGGCUCGGUCGGGUCGACUAUGUGUACCUUUACAGGGGCCGUCGGGAAGACACGGACAUGAAGCUCCAGUCGUACGUCGGAAGGACAGAGCUCUCCAAGGACGGCCUGAAGAACGGAGACAUCUCGCUCAAGAUCCUGAACGUGACGCUGGAGGACGGAGGGAGAUACAGAUGUUUCAUCCCGAAGUUAAAGGGCCCAGUGAAGGAAUCAGUUGUUACACUUGUUGUAGUUUUUUCAGAACCAAGCUCUGUUCAAACGACGAUAGAGACACAGCUGGAUGCCAGACAAAUCAAAAAUCCAGAUCCAAAGAUCCCAACUGGUCGUUCCCAUCUGGGCGCUCUGAUCGUUGUGGUUGUCUGCGUCUUACUGGUCCUGGGUGGUGGAGUCGGUGGAUAUUUACUUAAACACAAGAAACCACAGAAACUUCUGGGGGUAUGAAUUUUACCAAAACAAACCAUCUCCAGUCUAGGUGCACGUUGGUGCUUGAUGUUAAAGGAGGUGAGAAUGUUUCCUGCUCUUGGAUCUGUCUCAUCAGUUCGGUGAUUCAAACCAGCAGCAGGUCCAGCUGAAAAGGAAUCACCUCAACCAGAGAACAUUUCAAGGGCCUGUUUAAUGAUGGCGACUGAGAGUUUUGACUCUCUGAGGGAGGAGUUAAAGAGUUUGAUGGUCACAGACAGGAAUGACUUCUUGUGCCAGUCUGUGGUGCGUCUCUGUGGAAUGAGUCUUGCACUGAAAGUCCUCCUGUGUUUGACCAGUUCAUUGUUAGGGUGGGAGACAUUGUCCAAGAUGAUAUAUAGCUUGCACAGCAUCCUCCUCUCUGACACCGCUGUCAAAGAGUCCAGCUCGUCUAGCUCGCAGUGAGCAGGUGCCAUCGUGUCAUAUCUGUGAAACACACGAACACCUCGGCCAACAAAUAGUCAUGAAUUCUAUUCUGGUAUCUGGCAGGCAACAGUGAAACUCUUCCUGCUUCUCAGGAUGAUUAUGGAUUACUUGGUCAUUGUCCAAAAGAUUGGAAUGAAGCACCACAUGUUCAAUUCAAUUCAAUUCAAUUUUAUUUGUAUAGCGCCAAUUCAAAUAGAGCCGGUCUAGACCGAACUCUAUAACAUUAUUUGCAGAGACCCAACAGUACCACCAUGAGCAAGCACUUGGCGACAAGGGCAAGGGAAACACUGCCUGUUAAAAGGCAGAAACCUAGGACAGAUCCUCCGGCUCUAGGUGGGUGGUCGUCUGUCUCGACCAGUUGGGGUGAGAGAGAGAGAGAGAGGCAGAGAGAGAGAGAGAGAGAGAGAGAGAGCGAGAGAGAGACAGACAGACAGGUGCACAGCAACAACAGUAUUGACAGUGUUGCCUUCAGAUCAACCUCCGUAAAUCAGGGGUCGGGUGCAGCUGCAGAGGUUGCACCUCACAAACUAGUUCCUCCAGAGAUUAGUUGAGUGUUUAGUUCGAGAAACAUUCAGAAUACAAGCUGAGGUUGUCACAUUCAGAGCUGAAUUUUCUGUUUUUAUAAAAACUAAAUUUAACUUUAAGAACUCUACACUCCCUGAACAUCAGCUGUGAAAGUGCCUUUGAGCAGGGCACCUAGCCCACACUGAAUGUAUAUACUAUAUAUAUAUUUAUAUGUUGUCAUUGUUGACAGUGUUCUGUUUAUUUAAAAUUAUUUUAUAUUUUGUUAUUCUGUUUUGAGACAUAAAGGUGAAAUGUGAGUUAAAGUUAAACCUGUUCAGACUAAUUUAAAUCAUAGUUAAUGGUGUUAAAACUGAAGUUGUCUGGCACAUUCAGAGAUUAAUUCCACUCCCUGAACAUCAGCUUUGUAAGUGCCUUUGAGCAGGGCACCUCGCCCACGUAAAAUAUUCACCUCAUGUGUUAUGCUGUUCACGCUCUAAAUAAAAUCUGGGUUUCCCCAAUAAAA